AUGGCUCUUUCGAAUCAGGCUUUGUUGACGAAAGGUGAUCGGGUCUAUGCAAAGAAGAAAAGCCAGGCUAGAGUCGAGAGUGUAUCUUUUGACCGUGAUUCUCGUGAAGAAUACUUGACAGGAUUUCACAAACGCAAGGUCAAGCGUCAACAAGAGGCCAAGAAAAGGGCCGAGGAGAUUGCCAGGAAAGAGCGGCUUGCCGAGCGCCAGAGAAUCCGUCAAGAAAAACAAAAAAGUAUUGAGAAAGAUCUGGAGAGACUGAAGGAAGCCGAAAAGGCAAUCAAUGGUGCAAUCAACGGAGACAAUGAAGAGGACGAAGAGCAAGAACAGGAGCGGGAGGAGGAGUUCACUGGAUUCUCAGACAGCUCUGGCAUUCUAAAAAAGCGCACAAUUUACACAGACGGUGCAGACGAAACCAGUGUUACUGUCGAGGAGAUUCAGUUAGAUCCAUAUGUGGACAUGUCGAGAGCCGAGGCGAUUUUGAAGGAAAGCACCAAACGGGCCCACGAAUAUGCACGGCACGUUGAAGAGCUUGAGAGCGGACCUUUGCCCAAGCCCAAGCCUAAGAUUCGCAAGAAGAAGUUCCGUUAUUUACCUAAAUCCGAACGCAAGCAGAUGGUGAAAAAGACAAAGAGCCGCUGA